AUGUUUUCUUUUUUCAAUGAUAGUCUACCGAAUUUGUUUCCGUUUUUCCGUGGUCAUCUACCAAAUACACAGCAUCCCACAGCCUUAACGAGGAGACAGAGAGCGGCUCCCCAAGAUCACUUUGAGGAUACUACAGAGGUUGAAGAUGUAGCUCCUACUCAUGAUAGUAAUGUUGACGCAAAGGUUAAAGAUGUAGCUGCUACUCAUAAUAGUAAUGUUGAGGUACAUGCCGAGCCUAUUGAGCCAUUUCGAAUAGAUAAGAUUGUGGUACCUACAUUCGUUGAGAGGUGGCAUCCCGAAACGAACACCUUUCACAUGCCUUUUGGUGAGAUGACCAUCACAUUGGAUGAUGUGUCAUCUAUUUUAGGCAUUCCUGUGUUUGGCGCAAUGGUUGCUUUGCUUGAAGAUGAUAACGACACAAAUUUUGAGUUGUUAGUUAAUUACUUAGGAGUGAAUGAUGAAGAGGCAACUGAACAAUUGCACCAAUACAGUAAUGAGUAUGUGAGUUUGUCAUGGUUACGGGCGCGAUUCUCCAAUGUUUCAGAACAAAUUCAGAGGAACUGGCACAAGAGUCCAAUUAUGUACCUUAGACUACUUAGAGACCUUGAUAGUGCUGCUGGCCAAGCUUCGAGGUCUAAGGUGAAGCAGAUUACUAGGUACAUGACUUUGCUGAAGGCAUGGGUGUAUGAGCACAUGCAUGGUGUUGUUGUCCCUGAUCAUGGCCUUAAUUAUUUAGAGGUCCAACCUCGUGCACUUCAUUGGAUUCCACGUCGAGACAAUGGCACAACAUUGGUAGACGUGUAG